CGGAGAGGAGUGUGAGAGCUCUGACAGGCGAACAGGAGCUGAACACAGUCUCAGCAGGCUCCAAUGGCAGCUUUUUCACUUAGUGUGAACUACUUUUAUCUUUAAAAAGGAGAAUGUAAAGGAAAGAGACUUGAGGCUGGUCUACAGGAGGAAACAAGUGACACAAGUUGGGUACCUGUUUAGGUCAGCAGGAUGAACUAUGUGGGCCAGUUGCUGGGGACAGUCCGAGAGCUGUAUAAAGGCCUAAAUCAGGCUACUCUUUCUGGCUGUAUUGAUGUGGUGGUGGUGAAGCAGCCGGAUGGAUCUUUCCAGUGCUCACCAUUCCAUGUCCGCUUCGGCAAGCUGGGAGUUCUGCACUCCAGAGAGAAAGUGAUUGACAUUGAGGUUAAUGGGUCACCAGUGGAUCUGCAUAUGAAGCUGGGCGAUAAUGGGGAGGCUUUCUUCGUCCAGGAGACCAGGCAUGCUGAUGAAUUGGUCCCUGCUCAUCUGGUUACUUCACCAAUCCCAACUGAGGAACCAGCAUUCUGGGGCAGUGACUGUCACACAUGUGAACCAUGCCAUCAGAACCGAGUAACAGAGGAUGGAGGGAGUACCUUGACGAAAAAGAAGAAAAGAAGAAAGAGAAAACACAAAACUGAGCAGAGGAGAGAAGAGUCAGAGAUGUCAUCAGUUUGUGCACAGAGGGAUUCAGCAGAACUCAGACAGCAUCUUCCUUCUCGCUACAUAGAUAACUACCCACUGUCUGAUGGAGACUGGGCUCCAGACAGUAGGAGGGUGUCAGAGCCCAGCUCUCCUAAGAGUGACUCAGAACUGGCAAUAAGGUCAUCCGAAAAUGUCAUCCACCAUCGCAACCAUAUGCAGUGGACAUGGGGAGAACUUCCAGAAGCCACCAAGUUAAGUUGUAGGGAAUGGGUGGAGCCUUUGAAGACGGUCAGCAUUACACCAACAGACAGUACUCACUUUUGGGUCAUUGACAGCAUAAAAGCCAUGGGAACAGGGAUAGAGCAGAGAAAAGAAUCUGUUCAAGCAAUCAUCAAACCUCAGCCUCAACCUCCCACCUCCAAACAAGAACCUCAGCUACAACCACAAUCCAUAAUAAACCAAGCAGAUGUUAAAAUACACAAACUACCACCUUUUCCACAUGGAUCAGAACCUCAUUAUACAGAACCUGACUCUGAUCCUCAAGCACAAGCAAACAAAUCAGAGUCUUGUACCUACAAGUCACAAACUCAUGUGCACCACAUAGAGGGUCAGACAUGCAGCCUGGACCAACACACACCCAAAACUGAAAAAUAUACCUCUAAAUCAGAUCAAACCCUGGGGUCAAACCCUGAUUUUACUGGUUCAAUGGGGGGAGGCCAGCUUCCUGUGUGUGUGCCUCAGCCUGCUGCUGCUCAUCUGCUGGGAGACAAACCAGACACAGCCUGCGAAAGGAAAGGAGUGAGGAAAAGGAGUCAGCAUCAGGGACCAGAGGAUAUUUACCUGGAUGAUCUCACUGCUUUAGAGCCACAUGUUGCAGCUCGCUACUUCCCCAAAAGUGAGUCAGUGGAGCAGUGGGAGGAAGGGUGUGUUCGAUCUGGUUCUCCUCAGUCAGUGGGCAGUGCAGCCGCAGACAGUGGGACAGAAUGUCUGUCUGACUCCACGCUGGACCUGCCAACCGUAUCACUGUCACUCUGCGGAGGCCUUGGAGACAAUGCUCAUGUUAAUAAGGAGAAGUUUUUGGAACAUAUUGUCACCUAUGAGCAGUUUGUUGACAACCCAAGCAUCAUUGACAACCCAAACUUGGUUGUAAGAAUUGACAACAGAUACUAUAAUUGGACUCUGGCUGCUCCACUUAUUCUCAGUAUGCAGGCCUUUCAGAAAACGUUACCCAAGGCAGCUGAGGAUACUUGGGUGAAACAGAAAAUGCCAAAGAAGACGAACCGCUGGUGGUUCUGGAGGAAGAACAGUGUACAACAGUCAGAGACCCAACAAACGAUAUGCAAUCCACUCAUUGGAAACCUGCACCAUUAUCAUGACAGCCCUGAUCCACAGCAGAUGGCUGCAGCAGACUCGUCCACUGAUGAAGACUCUAAGGAGCUGAGCACAGCUGCGUGUGCUGAGUGUGUACAAGCAGCAGGCCACACACACACACACUCCUACAAGAAAUCAUUACGGCUCUCAUCAGAUCAGAUUGCGAGUCUGGGUCUUAAGGAGGGGCCGAAUGAUGUGGUGUUCAGUAUCACGACGCAGUACCAGGGCACAUGUCGCUGUGAGGGCACCAUCUAUCUGUGGCAUUGGAAUGACAAGAUUGUCAUCUCUGACAUCGAUGGCACCAUCACUAAGUCUGACGUUUUAGGACAUUUCCUUCCCCAGAUUGGAAAAGACUGGACACAUCAGGGCAUUGCUAAGCUCUACCACACUAUACAUGAGAAUGGCUAUAAGUUCUUAUACUGCUCAGCACGUGCAAUUGGGAUGGCUGGUAUUACUAGAGGAUAUUUACAAGGGGUUAAUGAUAGUGGCACCAUUUUACCACAAGGGCCUCUCAUGCUCUCACCGAGCAGCCUGCUUUCAGCUUUCCACAGGGAGCUGAUCGAGAAGAAACCAGAGAAGUUUAAGAUCGAAUGCUUAACUGACAUCAGAAAUUUGUUCCCUUCAAACUCUCAGCCUUUCUAUGCAGCCUUUGGCAACCGCAGCAACGAUGUGUUUGCCUACAAGCAUGUGCAGGUUCCUACAUGCCAUAUAUUCACAGUAAACCCUAAAGGAGAGGUCAUUCAGGAGCUGACCAAAGGCAACAAGACAUCGUAUAGUCGCCUCAGUGAGCUGGUGGAUCACAUUUUCCCCUUGGUUGGCAAAGAGCAAAGUGCUGCCCUAUAUUACCCAGAAUUCAGUUCCUUCUGCUACUGGAGGCAGCCUGUCACUGAGAUUAGUCAAGAAGAUAUCCUGUUACUCUGAUUGGCAGAGACUGGAAUUGAUUUUAGCUGAAACACUGUUACUGUUUGUAAUGAUUCAAACAAAUGAAGUCAAAUUUAUCAAAUAUUUCUCUUUAUGAGAUCACAAUAAAAUAAGUAUAUAAUUAUUA